AUGUCUGAACAAAUCACCCACCCUACUAUCAAGGAUGGAUGGUUUAGAGAAAUCUCUGACACGAUGUGGCCAGGCCAAGCCAUGACUCUAAAAGUUGAAAAAGUGCUGCACCAUGAGAAGUCCAAGUACCAGGAUGUGCUGAUCUUCAAAUCUACGGACUACGGCAACGUGCUAGUGCUAGACAAUGUGAUCCAGGCUACCGAAAGGGACGAAUUCUCUUACCAGGAGAUGAUUGCCCAUCUGGGGUUAAACUCGCACCCUGAGCCUAAAAAGGUGCUGGUCAUCGGUGGGGGUGACGGCGGUGUGCUCAGAGAGAUUGUCAAGCACGAGUGUGUUGAAGAAGCGUGGCUGUGCGACAUAGAUGAAGCUGUCAUCAGACUCUCCAAACAGUAUCUGCCGGACAUGGCUGCCUCUUACUCGCACCCAAAGGUUAGAACCCACAUCGGCGAUGGUUUCCAAUUCUUGAGAGACUACCAAAACACUUUCGAUGUGAUUGUCACUGACUCGUCUGACCCUGAGGGUCCGGCUGAGACUUUGUUCCAAAAGGCCUACUUUGAGCUUUUGAACAGCGCUUUGACCGAGAAUGGUGUGAUUACCACCCAAGCCGAGAGCAUCUGGCUGCACUUGCCAGUCAUCAAGAACUUGAAGAAGGCCUGUUCUGAGGUUUUCCCUGUUGCUGAGUACGCCUACACCACAAUCCCAACCUACCCAUCCGGCCAAAUUGGCUUUAUGGUGUGCUCCAAAGACGCUAAGUCCAACGUCAAGAAACCAUUGCGUGCUAAAUCAGACCAGGACGAGGUUGAAAUGUAUAGAUACUACAACAAGAGGAUCCACGAGGCCUCGUUUGUUCUUCCAACUUGGGCCGCCAAGGAACUUGAACUGUGA